ACAAAAUUUCAUGUCAGUAAGAACUUCGUACAAAUUUUUUAAAUUUACAAUAAUAAAGUGUGGAAUUAAUACAAGUUUCCCUUGAAACACAACAAAAGACCUAGUUACACAGAGAAAGCGACCUUUAGGAUGGAGCACGACCCGAGGGUCAAUCGUGAUGAGCAGUAUCCCUUGCUAAAAGUGGAAGCAACAGAUGGUGGUGGAGACACAAAACCUCAACCGCCUCCAAGUAUUGUGACUACUAGCUGGACCACCAGUCGCACUCCGAAGCCAUCUUGGCUUAACCGUUGGCCAGAGUGUAUGUCUGCCUGUUGGAUGACCAUUAUAGUGUUUGCAGUAUCAUUCCUCGUAUUCUAUAGUUUGGGAAUAUAUGUGGCCUAUAGACGUCAACCUGUUGUCGUGUUCAAGUGCAACAACUCAAAACCAGCGAGCGAUGUUUAUUACCACCACGUAGUACAAAAGGGAUCCUACAUUCCUCUUACAAUCUAUUCUGAAUACCUCUCAGCGAUGGCCGUACAGUACCCAUCUCUACGAUUUAAUGUUUAUUUUCUUGUUGAUGACUUUGCGCAAACUGGAAAGAGACCUAGGCUAUUCAAGCGACUCCCUGCAAUACCUGGAACGCUAAACGUAAUUGUGGAGCAAAGUAACCGGAGAGAGAUUAGAGACUUCCAAAGAAGGUAUCAAAACGUCAAUAUAACUAUAAUGACUCUCGGUAAAUUCAUGGCGAAGACACCGUUAAAAUACAAGUGGAAGAGCAUUCCGUCUAUGUAUCUGCCGUUUUAUGCAAGGAUUCUCUCGGUCUGGCAAACUGGAGGGAUUGGAAUAGAUCUCGACACAUUUAAUCAUCUUUAUAACAAUCGACAAGAUGUAAGUAAUAAAAUUGGAGCAAUAUUGAAACAGCACAACGAAGGUAUCGAAACUGAGAAAUACAUGGACAUAUUUAACUCCAUGAAACGCGAUGACGACAACGAAAUCUUUUCCUUAUUUUUCCAUGUGAUACACAAUUUAAUGAACCAAACAAGCUCUUUUUUCAAUCUGGAUGUUUCCCCGGAUAUAAAACUUCUAGAUAGGACGCCGCUCGUUAGAACACAUAGAAGUAAACGGGAAAUAAUGGAAAUACCACCACUUAAUAAUGCGUCUGAUGCAAGUAAUAUCACCGAUAAAGACACUUUAGUCACCGAGGCAACGACAAAUAACUCUACAGAAACAAUUCUAGUAUCAACAUUAAACCUGACUGAGGACAAAGUUAAUAAAAGUCAUGCGAGUUCUGUUGGUCCAGCUGACAUGAAAAUAAAAAGUCCAGGCAGUCGACUAAUACCAAUGCCUCUUGAUUUUCCUCAAGUGAUGAUAUUUUACGACUUCCUAGUAUCAGACGAUGUUGGCCCAUCUUAUCCAUCUUUGGCUCCUGUCAAUCCAGCUACGCCAAUGAAAAUAACCGAGUUUAAAAAACUAGCUAAGCACGGGAAAAUGUCUAAUCAUCUAUCUGUAAGCUUUGACGGAGCUUUUGUUGCAGCUCCGAUGUGCUAUCAUCCAUUUUUGACUCAACUUUUGUCGACAGGAUGCAAAAGAGAAAACCCGAGUAUUGCAAUCAAAGAUACUUUUAUGAGCCAAUGUUCGACUUUCUUGAGAGAUGACGUGUACUGUGACAAUAUCUAUAUUAUCGAUAGCAUUUUUAAUUAGUUAAUAUUAUUUUAUUUAAGGUUUCUUGUUUCCAAAUUGACUCAUAAUAUAUUGUGUUAGUAUUAAACGUAUAAAGUACA